AUGGCCCCCUCCGACAACAAGACUGGCAACAAGAAGGCCAACGCUGCCGCCAAGGCAGUCGUUAAGGGCGCCUCGCUUCACAAGUCCCGCAAGGUCCGCACCUCGACCACCUUCCACCGCCCCAAGACCCUCCAGCUGUCGCGGUCCCCCAAGUACCCCCGUGUCUCCAUCCCUCAUGCCCCCGCUCUCGACUUCAACAAGGUCAUCCUGUACCCCUUGAACACUGAGAGCGCCAUGAAGAAGAUCGAGGAGAACAACACCCUGGUCUUCAUCGUCAACGUCAAGUCCAACAAGCGCCAGAUCAAGAUGGCUCUUAAGAAGCUGUACGAUGUUGACACCGUCAAGGUCAACACCCUUGUCCGUCCCGACGGUACCAAGAAGGCCUUCGCUCGUCUCACCCCUGACGUCGAUGCUCUUGACAUUGCCGCCACCAAGCUGGCCAUUGUUUAA